CCGUCUAAGCAGGCUCUGGAUCCUGUGGCCGUGUUUUUUCCUCCCGUCUCUCUCGCGCAUGGGACCUGGGUGAGAUGGAGAGCACCAGCCAAGAUAUCAACCUUAACUCUCCCAACAAAGGUCUGCUAGCUGAUACAAUGACGGACAUGCAUGUCGACAACACAAGCGCUGCUGCUGCUCCUCCCCCUCCAUUGAGGGCCUCUGCCUACAACGGGUUCACUGAGGCAGAGGAAGAAGAAUUAAGAUCUGAGCUGGCCAAGGUGGAAGAGGAAAUUGGCACUUUGCGCCAGGUGUUGGCUGCCAAAGAGAGACAUUGUGGAGAACUGAAGAGAAAACUGGGAUUAACCCCCUUGGAUGGCCUGAAGCAAAACCUCUCAAAAAGCUGGCGUGAUGUCCAGAUUUCCAAUGCAUAUGUUUCGGCCAGCAGCACAUUGGAAGACUGGAAUGACAAAUUAACCCAAUCAGAAGCUUACAAGAAGACACAAGAAACGCUGUCUCAUGUGGGACAGAAAACUUCAGCUGUCCUUUCCAAUGUGGGCUCCGUGAUCAGCCGGAAGCUGGGAGACAUGAGAAACUCUGCAACCUUCAAGUCUUUUGAAGACCGAGUUGGAACCAUAAAGUCGAAAGUGGUGGGCAGAGACAAUGGUGGUGAUGAGCUCCACUCUCCUCCGGCAUCUGCUGAAAAGCCCUCCCAGGACAACGUACCUUUCUAAGUCCACUGCACAGUGGCACUUCACUGCCCGAGCCCCUUCGUUCGCUCUUCCCAACAUUGCAAGAA